AAGAAUGUUUUUGUUGGUCUAUGUUUAAUUUAAGGGACAAUAAAUGCGUGGUUUAAACACUUAUUGUCGGUUUAUAGCUUUUAAAAUUCUUCUACACCAGUCGGUUGAAAGCGAUUUUUUAACAACGGUUAUUUCUGCUUUGUCUCUGACUUGAAAGCAAUUUUGCAAACACAUAAGCCCAUACGAACAGCAUCAAAUAAGCGAGAUAGAAAGAGAGAGGGGCUGGGAAAUGUGGGCGAGCAAAGCAAAACAGCAGAAAGCAGAAAAGCAGAAACGCCAUUCGGGAAGCAGCAUUUGUUCGGAGAGGUUAUCGUUCGUGCUUUUUGCCGUUUCUGCUUUCUGCAGUUUUUUUUCUUUUUCACGAGGGGCUUAUAUUUGGAGCGGUUUUUUUGAAAAUAGGAAGCCCUCUUAAAAGAGAUCGUGUUUCUAAGCAGGGCAUGAGCAUGACGUCACCAGCCUCGGUUGCACUCCCAUACCGAUUUUCCGAUGAUCGUACUGUCAAAUUCGUGGAGCUUUACGGCCGUGAGCCAUGCCUCUGGAACAAGCGGCCCUACUUACGGCGAGCUCGGAACGCCGCCUAUCGGCGAAUUCAGGCGGGAAUUAAUGCCGAUAUUGAACCGUAUGAAACAUGUCUGACCAUCCAGGGAGUCAAGAUGAAGAUCAAGAACCUACGCACUGGGUACCACCAGGAGCUAAAAAAGAUCCGAAGCAUUUCAGGAUAUCAACCAAAGACGCCUUGGUUUGCUCCACUGCACGGAUUUCUGGCUGAAUUCUUAGACACGAAUGACUUCGGUACCAGGAGCACUCCUCAUCUUAAACGCCUACAGAUUCGCCUCACUAGACUAAAGCCCAUUAAGAUCCAGACCGAGAUCAAACCGGAUCCAGAUGAAAUAUCUGUUCCAGAGAUGCCAUCGGUUUCUACACCUGCUUCCUUGUUCACCGUUCUUCCAGCACCCAUGCCCAUGGAUACCCCACAAACUCCGCCUCCGUCACUGGCCAAGAUCGUUGAGAUCAAUUCGGCCCCACUUCCAGCCCCAGUUCAGAUGCCACUUCCAUUAUCGACAGCGUGCUCCCUUUCUGAAAAAAGCGAGGUUUUGGCAAUGGGAGUGGGAUCGGCACCUGUUAGAGGAACUGGAGUUGGAUUAGGAGUUGGGUUGCGGGGCGAAGACGAAUUCACCUUCUUUGGGCUAAGUGUAGCUGCCCAAAUUCGAAACAUGCCUUUAGCCAAUGCAAUGGUAAUACAAUCUAAAAUCCAGUAUAUGAUCUCCAUGGAGCGCCGUAAGAUUAAUGGUCACCCUAACGAUGUGGAUAUGUUUAACUAAAAACCAGUUGAAAAAGACAGACCCAAGUUAUUUUAUGUUGAAAUCUAAAUAUUGUCUGAGCAAGAGCCAUACAUGUCUUUUCUAAUUUUGAAGAAAUACUUUUUGACAGACUUUCUAUAAUAACGUCUUGCACUGAACGAAACCAUAUCUGUGAAUACGAUUCUAGUUAUUUGAUUGAAUAAUUUGAAAGAACUUCCUUAAUUUAAGUUAUUUUAACAUUCUCUCUUGGCGAAAAUAUUUUAGCCAACAUUUUGUAAAAAAUCCUUAUCCAAAAUAAAAGUUAAAAAAAAUUGUUUGAAUGAAG